AUGUCCACACUUCGAAUUACUUUCGAUGAAGAUGAAUACUGGAGGCCAGAGCAGCUUCAGAUGACAGGUCGGCAAUUCACCGACACAGCCGUUAUCGACAUAGACACCACUGAGGAAAUCCACCAUAACUCGCGUACGACGGUUUACCGCGGACAGACCCAAGGCAUUAGGGCGCUGCUGGUUCUCAAAUUUGCCCACUCUGUCCAGGCUCUCGAGGACCUUCGGAGGGAGGCAAGCCUGUAUCAGAAGCAGCUCUUCCGCCUUCAAGGAACUGUGAUCCCCAUCUGCUAUGGAUUUUUUGAGGCGGUGCACGACACUUUCCCGUUAGGCUGCCUGAUUCUGGAGGACUGCGGUGAUCCUCCAGACAUCAUAUUCCCGUUCUUACCUAUGGUCACGAGGUUCGUCUGCCGAAUAGUAUUCUGCCACAGCAUAACCCAUAAUCAGCGCGUCAGGAUAACUAUCCUUCGAUAUCUUCAGGAAAUUCAUCGAUGUGGCGUAGUACAUCAAGAUUUCCGAGAACGCAAUGUCGUGCUCCGUGAUGGGAAACCCCGCAUCAUCGACUUCGACAGGGUGUCCCCGCACAAAGGCGGAUGCACGAUGGAGAUACGCAAGCUUCCGUCAGUCCCACACAACAGAGAGGUGGACUGUAACGAUAUCUACUGCUACUGCUAUGACUUCCAGAUAUGGGGCGGUACGUCAUUUAACGGCCUGUUCUUCGUGUCUAUCUUCACAGGCCCCGUAGAUCUCGUCGACAUUGGGAGAUCGCCAUAUCCCCAGGAAGGUCUCCCUCCACAAGAAGUCAUUGACGUACUCAUUCCAAGUAAGGCCAUCUAUCUCAAAGACGAGGCGACGCAGCGUCUACUGCUUGAUCGCCUCCACGAAAUCAAUGAAGAACUUGAGCGGGGCGUUGCAUUGGAAGCCAUCGAGUUUGGCAUUGUUUUCGUUCUCGGGCGCCCUUUCCGACCAGCGUCGGACUAUCCGCCUCAGGGUGUCGUCGAUGACCUGUUGCGCGGCUUCCAGCUGUACGACCUCACCCCACAGCAAGUGGAGAGUGUUGCCCAUGUUUUGCGAGAGGCAAAGCUUGCCUGUUCUGUCACGACUGAGAAGGUUAGGGAGAAAAUCAACGAAUGCCUGCACUAUCUCAACCGCUACCGGGUGUUACGCGAUAAGCUGGUAUUUUCAACUUCACACUGAUGCUCCUGGUUGUCUCGUUUGGCUAUCUUUUGGAUGCUGCUCCUGGACUACUCUUCCAGAGUUGGUAUAUGUAUUCUUUGUCGCUUUACGUAUGGUGUGGAUUGAGUUCAUAUUUGGCUGUGUGCCCUAAUUUGAGGAAAAGGGAUGAUUUUUGGUCUGAGG